AUGUCGUUGAGAAGGCCUUGGAUCACACUGGUAGAUGGGCAGCCAUUGCAAGGACGGGACAACUUCCCCGUAGAAUUCUACACUGAAAGCCCAUCCAAGUCGAUCUAA